UUUGUCCGGUUAAACAGAUAAACGUGAAGUGAAUGCUUAAGCUCAAGAAGCAUCAUGUUCCUUGAAAAAGUGAAGUUAGCGUAACAAUUGUUGGUGUGGAAUGAUUCCUUGGCUUCUGGGAGCAGCCUAUAUAAAUCGCCAAUUCUUAAUAAGCGUCCGACACAUCCUACGUUUCUUUGUUGGAGCAAUUCAGACACUGUACCCAUUCGUGAUCAUGUCCAACCCCAAAUCAGAGUCAGUAGUGUCUGAACCCUCUGCUUCGGAACCUUCAAUACCCAUUUCAUAUCCAAUAAAAACUCUUGAGGACUUGGAGUCUCGCUCCUAUUUCGAGUCCUUUCACUACCCUUUCAACAAAGCUUCUUCUUCGGUCAACAAUUCUUCUUCUUCUUCGUUGCCCAACAGGCGCAGAUUGCUUGUGUGCCAUGACAUGGCUGGGGGCUACUUGGAUGAUAAGUGGAUUCAAGGUGGCACUAACCCUGAUGCUUAUGCCAUCUGGCAUUGGCAUUUGAUCGAUGUCUUUGUCUACUUUUCACACUCCCUCGUUACUCUUCCUCCUCCUUCGUGGACCAACGCUGCUCAUCGCCAUGGUGUUAAGGUGUUGGGGACUUUCAUCACUGAAUGGGAUGAGGGAAAGGCUGUCUGUGAUACACUGCUUUCGACAAAGGAAACUGCACAUAUGUAUGCAGAACGUCUGGCAGAGCUUGCUGCUGAUCUAGGCUUUGAUGGGUGGCUAAUAAAUAUGGAAGUAAAUUUGGAUCUCGGUCAAAUUUCUAAUUUGAAAGAGUUUGUAGAGCACUUAUCGUUGAGAAUGCAUUCUUCUGUGCCUGGAUCAUUAGUGAUAUGGUAUGACAGUGUUACACUUGAUGGUAAAUUGAAUUGGCAAGAUCAACUAAAUGAACAUAAUAAGCCCUUCUUUGAUAUAUGUGAUGGAAUAUUUGUGAACUAUACAUGGAAGGAAGACUAUCCAAGGCUCUCUGCUGCUGUUGCCAGUGAUCGGAAGUUUGAUGUGUACAUGGGCAUUGAUGUAUUUGGAAGGAACACAUAUGGUGGUGGACAGUGGAAUGUAAAUGUUGCUCUUGAUGUAAUAAGAAAGAAUGAUGUCUCUGCUGCAAUAUUUGCUCCUGGCUGGGUCUAUGAGACAAAGCAACCACCAAAUUUUGAGACUGCUCAGAAUAGUUGGUGGGGUCUUGUGGAAAAGUCAUGGGGAAUACUGCAAAAACUUCCUGGAGUACUACCAUUCUACACUAAUUUUGAUCAGGGACGUGGUUAUCAUAUUUCAGUCGAUGGCGAUAAUGUAUCAGAUGCCACUUGGUGCAACAUUUCUUGCCAAGGCUUUCAGCCACUCCUUGAGUCUUCUGAUCCAACAAAUUCUAUUCAAGUUUCUGUAGACUUGAAGGAGGCAUCAUAUAGUGGAGGAGGAAACAUUACAUUCAAAGGAUCCCUUGAAGAGCAAACUUACUAUGAGAGCAAAAUCUUUCAAGGAGAGUUUCUUCUGACCAAUUUGCCUAUCCACUUUAUUUAUUCUGUGAAAUCUGAUGGCAAUUCUUCAUUGGGACUUAAGCUUGAGUUCACUUCCGGCGACCAAAGAGCAUCUGUGCUUCUCACAUCCCGGGCAGUGAAUCGUUUCUCAAGCAAAUUCAGCAAAGUAAUCAUGACACGUGAGCACAAGGGAUUAUCCUCUGGAUGGGUUAUAAAUGAAGGUGUAGUUGCAAUGAAUGGAUACACUUUAACAGAAAUUCAUGCAGCGUGCUAUAGAUCAAAUGGCAACGAUGAAACUGUGGCUUCCCCAUCAGAUUAUUUUGCACUUCUUGGCCAUAUCACAAUCAAGACUUCUGACUAUAAGUCAGAUUUUCCUGUGUCUUCUUCCUGGCUAGUUGAUGGCAGCUACAUAAAAUGGACAUCAGACCCUCUGGGUUCAAAGACCCUUGAUCUUAAAAUUUCUUGGAAACUAAAAAAUGGACAGAAUUUUCUAUUUCUGAAGUACAACGUGUACUUGGUGAAAUUAUCAAAACAAGCAGAUGGUAAUCCAGGUACAACAUUAGAGGAUGUGAAGGAGUACCUUGGAGUAGCACAAGUAAACUGUUUUUAUGUUUCUGACCUCGAAGUUCCUUCUGACACUUCUAGUCUCAAAUUUAUAAUACAAGUCUGCGGUGUAGAUGGGACAUUUCAAGAAUUGGAUGAGUCUCCAUAUUAUCAAUUGGAGGUUGAAGAUCCCUAAAUUGUCAUUAAAAUGUAACACUACUCUAAUGAAGGAAGGUCCCUAAAUUGUCAUUAGAGUGUAACAUUAUUCCUCCAAUAAAGGAAGAUCCAUAAAUUGUCAUUAGAAUGUUACAUUGGAAUUGGACAAUUCACGUUUAUGUUUGCAGUAAGUUAUACAACUCUUUAAGAGAUUAUACCAAAUAAACCCUCGCUUUAAA